AUGAAACGACUUUUGGGACAUAGAGCUUCCUUGCUCUCUAUACUACGAGAGGGAAAUCGAAACAAACGUCAUGACUUGAUCCAACACCCCAACGGGGAACAAAUCAAUGCUGUCAGUGAAUUGGUAUUAAACAUGUUAAAAAAUGGCGUUCUGUUGUCACCACCGCUCAUGGCUAAAUUGAGAAGACACAAAAAGGUGCUCAAAGAACUGAGCAGGAGAAAAAAUUCUAUAAAAAAGAGACGACUUCAUUUGAUGAAUCAGAAGGGCUCUGGCUUUUGGCAAGGUCUUCACGAAGCGUACUGUAACUGUUUUCAAUUAUGAGUUGUCAGACUUUGAGUGCUCUGAAGCAUUUGUUAACCGAGAUUAACUAAUUGGUAGAAGAAUAGAAAGAGAGUAGUCAUAAAAUGGAAAAGAAUCACGAUUAUUGGUAUAAGAGGGCUAUGGAUCUUGAAAAGAAAUUGUAUUGCAAACAAUGUCUGAGUCGACAGAAAGAGGUGGAAGAUUUAAACGACGGUGAAACGAUGGAACUUUCUGCAGAAUGCGCAGAACGAUUACGUUCGACAAUGGACAUGCAAGAGCGCCUAAAGUUUCUUGAGACUCAAAUCAAACAUUAGCAGAAUUCGUCUGCUUUUGAAAGCACCAGAUAUCUGACGCUCUUGUAUAAGAUUCACUGCUAGGAUUGCAAAAGUGACAUAAAUAGAUACGAUCAAUACUGCGGUCAAUGCGUGCGUUCAGUCACCGAGAGUAAACACGAAAUCGAGUACUGGAGAAAGGCGUACGAUGCGUUAUUGGAAAAUAUUAUCAAGAACCACGCGAUGUCGCAGAUGGCUGAAGAAUAUCUCAUGGUGAAGCCCAAAGAAUUCCAACGACUUGUUCAAUAUUACAAAGGACAAAUUACGGACAGUGCCUUACUAAACAAAGCAGGUCGUGUCACUGCCGAAGAACAUAUCAUUGUAAACAAUCCACAGGUGCCUGAUGCUAUAGCGAAUCAACAGACUAGAGAAUUGUUACAAGAACGUAGACGAUUGACGAAGCGAUUAAGAGAUAUUCCAAGUGUACCCACAGCCGAUUUGGCAGAUGUAGAGUCUGAGGAAAGUGCCAUGACAGAAGGAAUUGUGGAAAAUUUACUCAAACGCAUGGCAAUGAAACAGAAGGAAAAACUGCAAGAUGAAAUUGCGCCCCCUCAAGACACCCAAGCAGGAACUUCCCACUCCUGA